AGCAGGUAUAAAUCAGGGGCAUCAACAGAUGAGGGCUUCUAGAAGCUGCUGAUGUAAGCUCACAGUUGAGGUAACCGUGUCUAUAGGAAAAGGUCAGAGCUUCUGCUAGCAGAGAUUUAUGGCUAGAGGGAAACAGCUUGGGAUGGUUUUAAUAAGGCCUCAGAAGAUGCUGUUUAAAAAGUUAGUGCCUGACAAACUGCAAGGGUGCAACUUGGCAGAUAUUCUAGGCAUGUGUUGAAAGAAGAAAAAGGAUAGUCAUGUUUCCUGGAGAUACGGAUGCCUGUGUAGUGCCAGUAACUAAUCCUUUGUAGCAAUAAACCUCUGCAAUGGUUUCCACAAUGAAUGAUAAGACGCAGAGGGGCAACCUAUCAACGGGAACUGAAUUUGUUCUUGUAGGCCUCUCUGAUGCUCCAGAAGUCCGUUUUCUUCUCUUUGUGCUGUUUUUGAUCACUUAUUUGGCCACCAUGGCAGGCAACAUCUCAAUCCUUGUUGCCAUUAACACAAAUGCUCAUCUGCACAACCCCAUGUACUUCUUCCUUGGCAACUUAUCCUUACUGGAUAUCUUAUGUCCCACUAUCACUGUGCCGAAGAUGCUGGAGGCCUUGUUGCUUGAGAACAAGGUGAUUUCAUUCCAUGGCUGCAUGUUCCAGCUGUUUUUCCUCAUUGAUGUCGUAGGCACAGAGAUUUUCCUCUUGGCUGUGAUGGCAUAUGACCGGUAUGUUGCAAUAUGCCACCCACUGCAGUACACAAAUAUCAUGAGUACGAAGCUGUGUGCUCACCUAGCCACUGGCAUCUGGGUAGCAGGGCUGUUAAACUCCCUGUUGCACACAUCUUUGAUUUUUACACUCUCAUUUUGCGAUUCUAAUCAGGUUGACCAAUAUUACUGUGAUAUCCCUCCCAUGCUGGCCCUCUCCUGCUCAUCUACUUACAGUAGGGAACUGGUAAUUCUCACAGUUGCUGGAGCCAUUGGGGGCAGCGCCUUUGUGGUCACUCUGGUCUCGUAUAUCUACAUCCUUUGGGCUAUCCUAUGCAUGAACUCUUCUGAGAGCAGGCACAAAGCCUUCUGCACCUGUGGGUCUCACUUGACAGCAGUAUGCCUCUUCUAUGGGACCACCAUUUUCACAUAUGCACGGCCCUCCUCCACCUACUUGCCUAAUCAGGACAGGAUAGUUUCCAUGCUCUAUGGAAUCCUCACUCCCCUGCUAAACCCCAUCAUCUACAGUCUGAGGAACAAAGAAAUUAAAUGUGCCCUGAGAAGAAUGAUCACCCAGGUAAGAACUACUUUAACAAGACAAGAGCAUCACUCUCGGUCUCUGACACACUGUGGAGCUCAACCAGCUGUAUAGGAACUGCAGUUUGUGACUGGUCUUCUCUAACUUUAGCCAACUAAAAGUUAGGUGCUGGAAUCAAAGCUCCUUCUCCGGGUUCCCUUCAGAGUUAAAAGGGAAGAGUUGUGCACCUCCAGGAGACCAGUUGGAUGGCACAGUUUUUGGUCACUAUCACAGGAGGAGAUGACUUCUGCUGGUAAUGUUAUUCUCCACUGAACACUGAGGAAGGUUAGAUGAGAGCCUCAGCCUUAGACACAGGUGAUGGAUGCAUAUCUUAGUG